AUGCAAAAGCUUCAACUGCAAAAGCUAAAGCCUGGACACGUAGACAUUAGGAAAUCACCACGACAACGUCCUACCACACUCUGCAAGAGUGACGAAUUCCGAGCUCCGAGCUGGAGAACUAAGGCUGACCGACAAUUCUUGACCCUGCUCAUAGCACGCGCCUCGCUCCCUCUGGUUGGGCGACGACCUGUGGUGAAAGCUAAGCUCGCCGUGGCAUGGCUGCUUAGUUUGGGGAAACGUCUCUUUGCCACUCCAGCAAAUUCACUGCCUCAGUACCCUGCACACUGGGCCCUGCCGUCUCAGACGUCGGACGGUAUGGCGACCGACGCUGACCUGCAUGCCCUUCUCGGAGCUGCGGAGCGUAUCAAAUUUCACGUGAUUGCUCUGCAGGAGACCAAGUGCAGAAGGAGCGACGUACGACAGAUGAAUGACGGUACACUCGUCAUUCGUGAAGAGAAGAUUCCGUCGCAAAAUAUAGGCGGUGUUGGUUUUGUUGUGCACCCAUCUGUCGUCCAUCUUGUCAAUUCUCACGAGAUCCUUUCACCUCGUCUGGCCAUUCUUCGCCUCUGCCAUCUGCGCCAAAAACCCAUCGGUAUCAUCAACUGCUACUCACCAACAUCAGCAGCUGAUGAAUCCGAAUUGGACGCGUUUUACGAGGAGCUGGAAGAAGUAAUCCGCAACGAGAAGUCCUUCUACAAAUUCGUUGUCGGAGACUUCAACGCAAAACUAGGAAAGGCCACAGAAGAGGAAUACAGGAUUGGAAGAUUUGGACUAGGGGACCGGAAUGAAAAUGGCAAUCGUCUCGCCGGGCUGUUGUCCGCCGCUCGCCUCUUCCAUGGGAACUCUCUUUUCAUGGAAAAAGAUCAUCGUCGGUGGACAUGGGAAUCGCCCAAUGGCGCGACUCGUGCGGAGAUCGAGAUCACAUACUCGCCAACCGGAGGUGGUGUCUACUUGACGUCUCAGUAG